AUGUCGACUAAGCCUAUUUUCGUGGCGACGCACCCACGUGCUUGCUCCACGGCCUUUGAGAGGGUCUUUAUGACCCGCAGGAAAACACUCCAGUGCGCCCACGAGCCCUUCGGCGACAGCUUCUACUACGGCCCGGAGAGGCUGUCUGAGCGCUACGACGAAAAAGGACGUCAGGAGAGUGGUUUUGCCAACACGACCUACAAGGAUGUGCUCGACCGGCUCGAAAGAGACGGCAGCGAUGGCAAGAGAGUGUUCGUAAAGGACAUGGCCUACUACCUGAUGGCCCCCAGCGACAAGCCCACCACUCUGGCCCCGUCACUCACACAGGAGAGCAACGGAAGUGCCGUAAAUGGCGAGAAACACGCCAACGGCACGACCAAGGGGCUGGAAAUCCCCACGUGCAUCCCCCUCGACAUCCUCAAGAAGUUCCACUGGACUUUCCUGAUCCGCCACCCCCGUAGCGGCAUCCCUUCCUUCUACACAUGCUGCACCCCGCCGCUCAACGCCGUGACUGGCUGGGACAGCUUCAUGCCCAACGAGAUGGGCUACCUCGAGCUGCGCAAGCUCUUUGACUACCUGCGCGAGCAGAAGCUCGUGGGCCCCCACAUGGCCGGCGAGCAGCCCCAGAGCGAGGGUGAUGUGUCCAUCACCGUCGUGGACGCCGACGACCUGCUGGACAAGCCCGCCCCCGUUAUCGAGGCCUUCUGCCGCGAGACCGGCAUCGAGUACACGCCCGAGAUGCUCUGCUGGGACGACGAGGAGAACCAUAAGUACGUCGCCGACGCGUUUGCCAAGUGGAAUGGCUGGCACAACGACGCCAUCAAGAGCACGAAAUUGACGGCACGGACGCACGCCAAGAAAAUCGCCACCCCUGAAACUGAGAAUGAACAGUGGAGGCAGAAGUUUGGCGACGAGGCAUCCAAGCUCAUCCGCAAGCUCGUCGACGAGAACGUUCCGCACUACGAGUACCUCAAGCAGUUUGCCGUCAAGGUCUAA